AUGAUGGACGACGACGUUAAACGGCUUGAAGCUGAGGCUGUCACGCUCCGAAGGGUCGCUUUCGUCGGCGUCGCAAUUUCAACCAUAGCGACACUAGUCUGCGUCAUUUCUGUGCCAUUACUAUACAAUUAUCUACAACAUAUGCAGUCGGUGAUGCAAAGCGAAGUGGAUUUUUGCAAGUCACGAUCGGGUAACAUCUGGCGGGAGAUCACACGUACACAGGUACUCUCCAAAGUAUCUGGAGUGCGAAGAGAACGUCGUCAAGCAGGCUACACAUCUGCAGGUGUAGAAGGUGGGGUCGAAUCUGCACCUCAAGGAGUAUGCUGCGGAUGUGGGGUCUCACCGCAAGGACCGCCUGGGCCCCCUGGUUCCGAUGGCGAGAAUGGAGCCGACGGUGCGCCUGGAGCUCCCGGUAAGGACGGUCCGGAUGCACCACCCGCUACGCCUCCGCCACCGCACGAUUUCUGCUUCGACUGUCCCGACGGUCCUACUGGACCUCCCGGAAACCCUGGACCUAAAGGACCACCUGGAGCUCCUGGAGCUCCAGGAUCAGACGCUGACGGUGGUAGCCGUGGACCACCAGGACCUCCGGGCCCACCAGGGCCUCCGGGACCUGAUGGACAGCCAGGAAAUGCUGGUGCGCCUGGUGCUCCGGGAAAACUCAACGAGGUUCCCGGACCUGACGGACCACCUGGUCCGCCAGGGCCGCCUGGACCACCUGGACCUGACGGAGAGCCUGGGGCCAACGGAAAUCCCGGACAGGACGGAGCGCCUGGACAACCUGGUGAUGAUGGUGCUCCGGGGGCUCCCGGACAACCAGGAGCACAAGGCCCUGUUGGACCUGACGGCGACCGUGGACCAAGUGGAGGCUGCGACCACUGCCCACCUCCUCGAACUGCUCCUGGUUAUUAG